CCAACAACAACAACAAUAACAUCCCGCACUGUUAGAAGUAGCAUUUGAAGGGCAUACAGCAAUUAGGAGGAAAGUGCUCGAGAAAAACAGUGAUGGGGAACUCAUAACCAGCAUCCUUAAAGACGAUAAUUUAACGAGUCUUGUACGAAGCCGAGCAUUAGCCCUGCUAGCUUAACAGUCGUCAAACUGGAGCGUGCUGAAGAAAGAAAGGACAGUUUGUCCCUGAUACGCUGACAGUCGGGGUCUGUAACUAACGGAGAGGGAAAAUGAAGUUCGCUCAGUUCUUGCUGAAAAAUGGCUCCGUUGCUGGGAUACCGAAACAAGUGGAGAGGUUUUCGAAGUUUUCCCCUUCUCCCUUGUCGAUGAAGCAAUUUAUUGACUUUGGCUCGGCCAAUGCAUGUGAGAAGACCUCUUUUGUGUUCCUGCGGCAGGAGCUUCCUGUCAGACUGGCCAACAUCAUGAAGGAAAUUGAUUUCCUCCCUGACAAGCUCCUCAGCACUCCAUCCUUAAAGCUCCUCACCAGCUGGUAUUCACAGAGUUUAUUGGAGCUGGUAGAUUUUUUAGAAAAAGAUCCAGAUGAUAAGGAUGUCCUGACAAACUUUACUCAGACUCUGGUGAACAUCCGUAAUCGGCACAACAAUGUGGUGCCCACCAUGGCUCAGGGUGUGGUGGAGUACAAGGAGGCCUUCGGCGUGGACCCCGUCACCAACCAGAACGUUCAAUACUUCCUGGACCGCUUCUACAUGAGCCGCAUCUCCACACGCAUGCUCAUGAACCAGCACACAUUAAUCUUCGAAGGCAGCGUGAACCCAGCCCAUCCCAAACAUAUUGGCAGCAUUGACCCCAGCUGUGACGUUGUGGAGGUAGUAAAAGAUGCAUAUGAGACUUCAAAGAUGCUGUGUGAGCAGUAUUACCUGACCUCUCCUGAUAUGGAGAUCACCGAAGUCAAUUCCAAAAACCCUGACCAGCCCCUCCACAUUGUCUAUGUGCCAUCCCAUCUCUACCAUAUGCUGUUUGAGCUUUUCAAGAAUGCCAUGAGAGCUACAGUAGAGACCCAUGAGACGAGCCCCACGUUGCCCCAGAUCAAAGUGCGAGUUUCACUGGGAAGUGAGGACCUCACUAUCAAGAUGUCUGACAGAGGAGGUGGAGUCCCUCUGAGGAAGAUUGAGCGUCUGUUCAGCUACAUGUACUCCACGGCUCCCAGUCCAGUCCACAUCGACAACUCUCGCAAUGCACCACUGGCUGGUUUUGGCUAUGGCCUGCCCAUCUCCCGUCUGUAUGCCAAGUACUUCCAGGGAGACCUGCAGCUCUACUCUAUGGAGGGUUACGGCACCUCAGCUGUCAUAUACUUGAAGGCUUUGUCCUCCGAGUCAGUGGAGAGACUUCCUGUUUUCAACAAGUCAGCCUUACGGCAUUACCAGGCAACCAUAGAGGCUGAUGACUGGUGCAUGCCCAGCAAGGAUCCAAAGAAACUGGGCAAGUAUAAGAGGACUUGGUGAUGGUGGACUGAGGGAGGAUGUGGAGGACAAAAUAGUUUGAAUAAAAGAAUAAUAGAAUUAAGAAGAAGAGGGUCCAGGUUGGAAGAAAUGGAUAAAGUUGUACUGUAGGUGUGAGAAGGCACCAAAUGCUUUCAGCAUGUUGUUGGACCUGCACUUGUGUAAUGUGGAUUCCUUUCUCACACAAGAGAGAAACCUAGAUGGAGAAAAAUGCUCAUUGUUGGUGUCAAGAAUCAGAUAAAUGCAGCUAUUACUGCCAGCCUCCAGGCAAUUUAACCCAGCAAAUGCUCACCACAUUUUAUUAUACUGUAUGAUGAUUACAGGCUGCUAAUGGUAAUGGAAAGUCAAAUAUUAAUCUACUUUUGCCUCACUUAUUACACUCACUUUUUAGUUAUUUAGUUAUAAUAACAAGGUUCCACUGUGAAACAAGCAUGCUAGCUGUUUGUGUUUAUGCUUGUUUUCUUUCAAAAUAUAUAAUUCCACAGUCUUAAGACUAAUGCUCUUUGGUUAAUGAAAUUACUGGGUAAAGUUGUGUUUAUGCAUUAGGUUAAAUGAAAAACCCAGCCAAAGCCAGCUACAGUGGGUUCACUUCAGUUAAACAGAAUGGGAACAUGUUCAAUGACUCCAGCAUAAACACAAAGUCUGUUCCUCCACAUUUGUUCAUGUAGGCAUUUCAGUCCUUCAUAACUUGCAGCAUUGCUUCAUACAUACAACUUCUGCAUUUCAUUGCAGUUCUCAUACAACUGCAGCAUUUCAGAGACACUAUAAGAAGAAUUUGCACCGGUUAUGCAUGAUGUAAAAUGACAUUAUUUUUGCUUUGUUGGCAUCAAUGUAAAAUCAAUUGUUGGAUUCUCCUUGUCAGUGCUAUCUUGUGCCUUAGCCUUCAACACAUGUAAGCUAACGGUUAAAGGUGUAUCAUUGUGAACAUUGAGAUAAUGUAUUGGCAUGCUAUGAAGCUCCAUAGAGCAAAUUGAGAUGUGUCUUUCUGGAGAAGUGGAAUUGUUAAAACAUAGUAUUGCAACAUAUUUGUAGUUAAUAUGAAUGACUGAACUGUGAAUAAUUGUAUUUUGAUUUUAAUAACUGCCAAGUUAACCUCAAGUGUCACGAUAAUUUUCCUCUGUUGAAACUGGUGUGAAGUUAAUCGCAGUAGGAGCAAAAAUACACACUUUUUAAACGUUUUCCAAGAAAGUUUUCAGUGUUUUCUAGGAGUAACUGUCUAUAUCUACACAGUUUCUCUACAUUUGAUAAUUUCACCCUAAGUGUUUUGUAAUGAUGCAUGUGUUGUAUGUAUCUUUAAGUGACUUAUUUUAGAGGGUGUAAAGGCCUGUGUGAAAUGUUAGAUGUUGCACUUCUCAAUUCAGUCUUUGCCAAGUUUGAAGCAUUUUGAAUUGCCUCGAGAACUUGUGAUUAAAAUAUUAACUCACUCAUUUUAGAUUUUUAAGAUUUGUGAGCUGUCUAUGACAUGUUCGCAUUUUAUGCUGUAUAAACAUCACCCUCAAAGGCCAAGUGUUACUGUGUUGAAGUUGUGGUUCACCACCAAAAGGACCAGUGAAUGUAGAAAAUAAAAAUCUCAUGUCACUUCUUGUGCUUUUUGUAGCUCAUGGUAUGUUUAUGAACUCAACCUUGUGCUUCUAUUUGUCUUGGAGCAUUUAUAGUUACUUGUUGUUAAUGUGUUACCUGGUAUUUUGUGACAAGUUCAUUUAUGCAACGUGAAAGUUUCAUGAUAUCACAGUUAAGACCAGAAAGAUCUGUAAUAAGAAAUUAAACUGUUUCUUGUGGAUUAA